AUGCCAGGCAGCGACGGAAGGGGGUGGAACCUACCGCACCAGUGUGCAAUCUUUGGGCAGACAGGGCAGCUCAGCCCUCUUCCAGACAUCAUGAAGACGCUCAGCUGGUACAAUCCCUGGCUCGCCCUCUCUCUUGCGGCAACAGUAACAGCCAAGCUCCAUCCGGAAUGUGACGUUGCGUUGGAGAUAAUCAGAGAGAAGGAGGAAUGCCUGCAAAGGAUGAGAGAGAUUCGAAACACGUCAGUCUCAGGUUGCAGGAUGAUCUGGGAACACGGACUGUGCUGGCCCAGUGCUGAAUAUGGGGAGACCGUCAAUGUGUCCUGUCCAUCGGUUUUCCUGCAGUUCAGUCCAGUUUUAGGGGUGUUCAGGAGAAACUGUACCAGUAAAGGUUGGUCAGAUGCACUGCCGUCAGGCUUAACUUCCUGUAUAAUGACUGAGGCAACACACAACGAAGAGGUCUCGUACUUCAGUACAAUACAGGUAAUCUACACCGUGGGCUACAGUCUGUCUCUCAUUGUGCUUAUCAUCGCUGUGGUCAUUUUGUUGAUCUUCCGGAAGCUACAUUGCACACGGAAUUACAUCCACAUUCAGCUGUUCAUUACUUUUAUCCUCCGGAGUUUAUCCGUGAUUAUUAAGGAUGCUGUUCUCUUUGGCGAUAAUGAUAUUGACCACUGUAGCUUCUCUACGGUGGGUUGUAAGAUUGCCGUGGUGUUCUGCUAUUUCUCCACGAUGACGAAUUACUUCUGGCUGCUGGUGGAGGCUCUGUAUCUCAACUUGCUGCUGGUGGCCUCCUUCUCCUAUGUCAGGAGUUACAUCUGGUGGUGGAGUCUGCUGGGGUGGGGUGUUCCGACUGUCUGCACGACUGCCUGGGUGAUUACAAAAAGUCAAUUUGAGAACACAGAGUGCUGGGAUAUUAUAGAAGGCUCUCCUUACUGGUGGAUUAUCAAAGGACCAAACGUAGCCUCUGUUGCAAUCAAUUUUGUACUUUUUGUGAACAUCAUCAGGAUCUUGGUCCAAAAGCUGAUCCCUGGGGAGCUGCACCUGGCCAAUUCCUCUCAGUACAGGCGGCUGACAAAGUCUACACUGCUUCUGGUUCCUUUGUUUGGGAUCCACUACAUCAUCUGUGCCUUCCCACCGGAUAGAGCAGUGCUGGCCAUUCGGCUUUACCUUGAACUCUGCAUUGGGUCAUUUCAGGGUUUGACAGUGGGAAUCCUGUACUGUUUUCUGAAUCAGGAGGUUCAGACUGAAAUACAUCGAAGGUGGCUGCGGAGGAGGCAGAUGGACAGUUACGUAGCUGUGCCCGUCAUCGGGAGGAGCCUGAUGGACACCUCCUGUUGA